AUGCGCAGGUCAGCGUCGCCGUCGAAAGUAAAUCGUUCUGCAACGCCGGUUCAAGCCAGUGUUCGAAGCGACUCGUCUUCUGUGCUCAAGACGCCCUUCAAGCCUUUAAGUGGGCUCGAAGGGCAUCGCAACCUUAUUGCAUCGAAGCCAACGUCGAACCAGAAAAUUGCUCCUAUCUCGUCCGUCGCCGCUUCUAGCACAAGCACUUCAACCGCUGCAAGAGAAUUGCGCACUCGAUCCACAACAGAGUUGCAGGAAGAAGUAGCAGACAUGCAGAUGAUUCUUAGCGAAAAGCUGAUCGCACACAACGCAUCUCGCGCAGAAGCAGGCUUGGCCGAGCAGCAACCCGAGCAAAUCGUCGCAGAGUAUAUCCGGUUGCUCACAGAAUACAAUAGCGUCAAGGACGCUGUACAGGUUAUAUUUGACAAAAUUGCCGAGAUCGAGCAACUUCCAUCGAAAGACAUUCACGCUCGCUACGGUGUUGGUAACGAGGCGAAAUGA